AUGCGAGCAAGAGGGUUUCGAAAAGAUUCAUCACGAUUGACUACACUCACUCUACCCCGUGUUUUGAAACUCAUCGAGGUAUCACGAGAGUACAAGAUGCCACUCUGUCUCACCUUCAUCGACUUGAAGAAGGCCUUCGACACAGUUGAGACGGAAGCGCUCAUGGAAGUCUUGGAACCAACCAAGGCGUUCCUACUCACCACCAUCGAGAACGCAAUGCGAAAGUUGGAAUGGGACGGCAUGGGAGUGAAGGUUGAUGGUUGGAACUACACCAUUUGCGCUUUGCUGAUGACAUCGUACUGGUGUUUGCGAUCAAACCCUUUGUCAUGUCCUUCCGACUUCGUGUGUAAGACGCUCUUCGAUGGAUCAAAUGCUUGUUGUCCGAAUCCAUUUUCUGUCCGCCUUUGCGCCGAAGCAGUGACUAAUGCUGAGAGUUUGCCGAUUCCCUGCACAGGAUGGGAUGACAAUUCUUGUCAAGAAGGUGAAUGUAGGCGUGCUCUCGACGGUACGAACUACUGCUGCCGAUCUACAACAGGACCGAUUUCUGACACCUAUGAGCCGCAGUUAACGCAGAUGAGGACAGAACUAUUGCUUGCUGCCAUCAGUCGAAAGACUGACGAUGAUGCCAAUCGGAUCGAAUCAAGUACUUUCUCCGAUGUUUCACGUAACAGGUUACAACAUUCUACGCCACUUCCGAACAGAAAGCUGAAGUUCUCGAAUCCUUUUCGCAGACGCUUGCCUUACUACCUAAGAAUGCUUAAGCGAUCUAAGAACAUUGUAUACUGA